AUGCGCGAAGCCAAGCUGGCCCCAUCAGAGGAUGGACAACCACCAAUAAUGGUCCAACAUGAUACAUCCCCAGAUCCACAUGUGGGUCCAAGGGAGGCUUUGGAGAGACAUGGAAACCAAGAAGAUAGCCAAGAUCCAAGCCUGCAAGACAACCCUCAACCACAGGACCCAAACCAAGGCGCCAAAUGUGGAAGGAAACAAAUUCUUCUUGGGCUGUCCUUCCCAAGAAAGCUUUGGAGGAUAGUGGAGGAUAACUCCUUCAUGUCUGUGCACUGGAAUGACGACGGAGACACCGUGAUCAUUGAGGAAAAUCUUUUCCAGAAGGAGAUUCUUUGCCUAAGGGGCAAGGAGCAAAUCUUUGAAUGGAACAGCCUAAAGAGUUUCAUCUGCUUGCUGAACCGCCAUGGCUUUAGCAAAAUAUGCACAGGCAAACUCUUCAGUUUGCUCUCCAGGGAACAGGAUAAUGGUAAAAUCUACAGAAAUUGCAAUUUCCAGAGAGGCAAGCCUUGGCUCCUCAAGAAUAUUACAACACAAGGCAACCAGGUGACGCACGUUUGUCCAGGGACCAGUAUCACCCUCCAAAAGAGAAAGAACAUGGCCCCCACAAGACAUUCCCCAAGAAUACACCAGAAGGUCAGCAACAAAGAAGCUGAAGAAAAGGCUCAGGAGACAGGCAAGAAUGAGUGGGGACCCAAUGCCACCCAGGCAUUUGAGUUCUCGGUUCCUCAGCUCAUGGGCAGUGCCAGGGAGGUCCAGUGCCCAAGUGCAGUAAGUGGUUCAAGUGGGGAGGGCACUUCUGGUAGUGUCAUGUUUGUGCCCGCGGCUACUGCUGGAACUGACGGCAAAGGGGAUCUGCCCCCCCCCAAGGUUCUGUGA